UCAUCCUAUAUUAGAUAUUUAAUUCAUUUCGGUCCAUUUUUUUUUUAAAGAAACCUUGAGAAAAAGAUGGCUUCGGUUAACAUUAACCAUACAAAGGAUUUAUUUCUUUUGUGCAUGUCAGUGAUGUACCUUUGUGCAUUUUCGUCUCUAUUCGUCCAAAUACCAGGAUUAUAUGGAGAUAAAGGUAUUCUUCCUGCAAAGUUGGUCGUAAAAAGUGAGGCAAACAGCUGGGAUGAGUUGCUUGAAGGUCAGCCCACCCUGCUCAAGCUGACCCCUAAACUUGGACUGACAGCAGAGCAGGGUAUGGACCUGCUGUGUGCCACGGGGCUGGCCCUCUCCUUCCUUUGUGUCAUCUGCAAGGCCAUGAGGGACACUGUCUCCUUCAUUCUCCUCUGGAUGCUCUACUUCUCCCUUUACCAGGUUGGACAGACAUUCCUGUGGUUCCAGUGGGACAUCUUGCUCCUGGAGGCAGGUUUUCUGACCAUCUUGGUGGCCCCGUUCAAUGUGCAGAUGCCUAUACGUCGUUUCCGUGUGGCCCAGUACCACCAACAUGACACGAUCACCCUCUGGCUGGUCCGCUGGCUGCUAUUCAGGCUCAUGUUUUCUUCAGGGAUUGUCAAGCUUACCAGCCGUUGUCCAACAUGGUGGAAACUCACAGCUCUUAAUUGGCAUUUUGAAUCUCAGUGUAUCCCGACACCACUGGCAUGGUAUUACCACCACUUGCCAGACUGGUUUCUUCAGCUGUCCGUUGUGGCGACUUAUGUUAUCGAGAUUGCUGUUCCGUUCUUGUUCUUCAUUCCCGUCAGGUCCUUACGCCUCUUCUCAUUCUGGGCGCAGGUUAUGUUACAGUUGCUGAUCAUCUUGACCGGGAACUACAACUUCUUCAACCUCCUUACUCUCACUCUCUGUGUCUCCCUCCUUGAUGACAAGUUCCUCGGAUACAAGAUUAAAGCUCCCCGAGGUAGUGUUUUAAACUACAUAGCAGCAGUGGCAGUGUAUUGUUUCCUUGGUUACCAGACUGUCAACCUGUUUGGAAUCACAGUGAAAGAUGACUUCACCAUCCAGGCGAAAAUCAAUUUCUCAGAGAAGGAGUUUGACCAGUUUGUGGCCAAGGUGACACCAUGGACUAUCUGGUUUGGAGCCUUCUCGUUUGCCUUUGAGGUGCUGCUGGCCCUGGUCAGGAGUUUCUCAGAGGUGAAAGAAACAUUCUGGAAGAACUGGGCGGCUGUUCAAGUGGUUGUCUUUACCUUCCUAGGAGCCAGUGUGUUCGCCAUCAGCCUUGUGCCUUAUUCUGGCCUACACAAGGAUGUGCAGAAGGUUGUGCCAGUGCAGGCCCGGGGCUUGUAUCACCGCGUGUCAGACUAUCACCUCACCAGCUCAUAUGGGCUUUUCCGCAGGAUGACUGGUGUGGGCGGCAGGCCAGAGGUGGUAAUAGAGGGAAGUAACUCCCCAGACUCGGGCUGGAGGGAAUAUGAGUUUUACUACAAACCUGGAGCACUCAACAGACGCCCCCCUGUUGUUGCCCCUCACCAGCCACGACUGGACUGGCAGAUGUGGUUUGCAGCUCUGGGCUCGUACCAGCACAACCAAUGGUUCCUGAACUUCGCUUACCGUCUUCUUCAUAAUGAGCCCACUGUUCUGGAACUUAUACAGUACAACCCAUUCCCCAGCAAGCCGCCCAAGUACAUACGCGCACUGCUCUACAAGUACCACUUUACAGAAACUGGCAAAAAGAGCAGUAUGGGCUGGUGGACACGUGAGUUGACGGGUGAGUACAUGCCAGCUGUUGCCAAGGAUGACUCGAGUCUGGUUAACUACCUCAAGCACACUGGCAUCGUAGAGGAAAAGAGUGGAAAGAAAUCCAAGAAGAGUAAAUCCAUGUCUUUCAUUGCCCAGGCAAUUGUGUGGCUGCGUGGGAUGGUUGGUCAACCAGAGGGAUUUGUGUUUGUCAUGACCAUGCUUCUUUCGACCCUCACGUUUAAACUUGUGACCCGGAUCAUCGUGGGAUGACGACGCUGAUUUCCCUUAUCUCAAGUGCUAAUAGCUUGCAUGCAAUAUUUUACUUUAUAAAAAAUGGUUUUAUGACUUUACUGCACUAUAAAUAGUUGUUCUUGUUCGUGUGUGUUUACCCUUUACACAUUAUGAUUAUAUUACAGUUGAAGUGCUUUGCAAUUUUGAUCAUUGUAUAUUAUUGAUCUUAGUAUACUGGGGAUGAACUUUUUUUUCUAAUUCUGUUCACAAGUUUUUGUAAUACAAAUGUAAAUCAUAAUGAAACAAAAAAAAGUUUUAUACAUUACUUCAUUUCUAGUUAUUCAGAGGGUUUGGUUAUGUUGUCUGUAUUUUGUUUUGUUGUCUGUCCGAAAUUGGUUGUGUGUAUCAGAUGAACUACAUGGUGCUUUAUGGUUGAAAGAAUCUCAGUGAGAUUCAUUAAGUGUUGACCUUUUUCUGGUUUGUUAGCUGGCCUAAUUAAGAUGCAUGCAUUGUCUUGGAUUGUCUGUUUUUUCAAUUAAUUUUUUCAAGAUUAUUGUCAUAGCCCAUGAUUUGUUGCCAUGUGAAAACUUUAAUGUUGGCAGACUCUGAACCCAUUUAAGAUAUUAGCUGAAAAUUGGCACUUAUCCAUAUAAUGACUUUAUAUGCAAGUUAAGUAAGAUGUUUCAUCGCUCGGGCACAAUAUAUUGGUCAAGUUGUGACUCUAAGCCAACUGAAAAAUGCGAAAAAUCAUCAUCAUCUGCUUGAUGUAGCCAUGUUGUAACUCUCAGUAGGGUGCUUUCACUGUUGAUGACCCACAAGAACUCCUUAUAAACACCUGCUACUUGUUAAACAUUUCAUGUGUGCCGUGUAUAUACUCUAGCAUAUAUUUUUGUCAUUCAUGGUGUUGGGAGAGCUGCUUGUCAUGUAUUUUACCUGAAAAAAACUCCCAUCAUGUUAUAUAGAAAUAGUACUCUUCUUGAACCUUGGUUGCUGUUGCUCUUGUGUGGAGAUUGUUAUAUGUGACAGUUACACAAAGUGUCUUGUACAUGAAUGCAGAAAUAUUUAUUAAAUUGAAAAGUGCAGAUUUAUGUUGAAGAUAUUCAGAUACAAUUUAAGUGUAUGUUUGAGAAAUUAUAUAACACCUGUGUGUAUUGAGUUUAAAAAACUCUAAAUAUUGAUACUCAGAGAGAGUCAUGGUCAAAUGCAUGAUAUACAUGGACAUUGUACCAGCAAUAGUGUGUUGUCAACUGUUAAUCGUCAAGUUUUGCCUGGAAUGUUUUUGUACAAUAAAAUCAAAUGGCAGCUUA